CUAGAUACAUAAUUAUUGGGUCAAAUUCUAAUUUUUCUUUCAAACCCCAAUAUCAUAUGAUAUGAGCAGUUCUUCUAUUUCAAAAUGAAUUGGUGUUUAACACAAUGCAUAGUUCAAUAGAUUACAAAAGAGAUGUUUAACCCCAACUUCAAGUGGCUGAUAUUUGGUUUAAUUCUCCGGGUGAUUCCUAACUAACCCUCUCCUCCGCCACAAUCUCGACCUUGCCGGAAAAUGGACUUUCUUCACCUCAAAGACGCCUCCACCACUGCCGAUGAUUCUAACCGUUCUUCUUCGUCGUCGUCGUCAUCCGGUGGACGGAAACGCUGCCGUAUGCAUUCGGUUUCACGGCGGUGUGAAAAUGAAGAUCAUGAAAACAGGGGACAGAGGAAUGAUGAUGAUGAUGAUGAUGAUGAUGAAGAUAAUGUUGUUGUUGAUGAUGAUGUUAAAUAUGGAGUUACUUCUGUUUGUGGAAGAAGAAGAGAAAUGGAGGAUAUGGUUUCUGUUCAUCUUUACUUUACUAACCAAAAGAAUCUACCCCAAAUUCCCAUUCACUUUUUUGGGGUCUUCGACGGCCAUGGCUGCUCUCAUGUCUCGAUGAGCUGUAUGAACCGAAUGCAUGAAAUAGUUAAAGAAGAGAUUGAUGAAAAGGAAUUGGGAGAAACAGAGGAAUGGAAGAAAAUAAUGAGGAGAAGCUUUAGGCGUAUGGAUGAGGAAGUGAUGGAGUACGCAAAUAAAAUUAAACAGAGAGAUGCCGCCGUUGCCGGCUCCUCCUCCUCCUCCUCCCAAAAUAAUAGUUGCCGAUGCGAACUCCAAACUCCUAGUCGAUAUGACACCGUCGGAUCAACUGCUCUGGUUUUGUUAUUAAUGCCUCAUAAGCUCAUCAUCGCCAACUGCGGCGAUUCCCGCGCCGUCCUUUCCCGGAAAACUACCGGAAUCUUCCCUCUCUCCUCCGACCAUAAGCCGGAUCGACCAGAUGAAUUGUCGCGAAUAGAAUCUGGAGGUGGGCACGUGAUCUAUUGGGAAGGGGCGAGAGUGUUGGGAGUUUUAGCAAUGUCAAGAGCCAUAGGCGACAGUUCUUUAAAACCAUACGUAAUACCAGAGCCGGAGGUGGUGAUAAUGGAUCGAAGAAUGGAGGAUGAGUUCAUCAUACUGGCCACUGACGGCUUGUGGGACGUCGUUACAAAUGAAACUGCAUGCGACGUUGUUCGAGCCUGCAUGCAAGCACAACAACCCUCAGUAGGAUCUAUGGGCGGCGGCUCUGACAAAACAUGUUCCGACGCCUCUAUUUUACUCACAAAGUUGGCCAUCGCCAAGCAUAGUUCAGAUAACAUUAGCAUUGUGGUUAUAGAUUUGGGAACACAUCAUCAACACCACCACUGCUAGCUAAAGCGUAUUUGAGAGUAGCAUGAGUUUGAGUUGGAAAUUUGUUUUUGUUUUUUGUUAUUUAAUUUUUCCUGUUGGUGUUUUGUUAGUUGUUUUUCAUUUAGGGGUUGAAUUGUUAACAAAAGUUUUGAAAUAAAAUAAAAUAAAAUUGAACCCAUAUGUAUAUACGUUUGGGUUUAAGGAAUUAAGGA